UGCUUUGCUCUUUGACUUCCUUGCAAAUUUUGUGUCGUGCGUAAAAAAAUAGAAAACAAAAACAAGCUAACGAAACUGCAGCAGCAACAAUUAAGAGAAUUGAACCUUCCGUUGCAGCUGUUUGCAGUGUGCGAUGUCUCCUCUCAGUGUGUGAGUGUGUGUCUGAGUGCUUGUGCAUAUUCUGCAAGUCGUGUGCAGAAUUAUGUGUUUUUGACACUGCUCCUUAGAAACAAACUAAAGGAGCACCAUCUCUCUAGCACCAACGAGAACGAGCACAAUCAGGAGCAGACGUAAAAACAGUUUGUGGAGCAGGACCAAAAGCAAAGCACAGCAAAGCAAAAAACAAACCGGCGAUCGACCUAACGGCACAUUUUGUUUUUGCUGCCAUCAUAAAUUGCCGUGUCCUCCACUACUGUUGUGACGACGGUGACUGUGUGUGUGUGUGUGUAACGCUGUUGCUUCAUAACUUUGUGCAGUGUGCGUGUUUCGUCUGUGUGUGUGUGAGUGUGUGUGCUUCGCUGCAUGUGAGUGACGUGCAGUCACGUGUUCUAAGGUGAUUUUAACGAGUUCCGUGAUACGCGAAAUGAGAUAAGAAAUAACAACAACAAAAAAGAAAUACGUAGCAACGUUAACGUUACGGCAAAAGCCACAAGAAAACGAAACAAAGGCAAAACAAAAACCGCAAGCAAUACAAAACCAAAAAUUAAAAAGCACUCGUUGCCCGUUUGUCGUGCCCGUUUGUCUGCUUUGAGUGCAUUUGUUGCACAAAGGAUCUGAGCAUAAAUCAUCCAUAAAUUUGAUUUAAAUUGUUUGCCAAAUUGUGCAAAGCAGCCAAAAGAAUACAAAAAUCUACAUACAGAAUGAAAAAUAAUACAAAAUAAUGCUCGCAUAAAUUCAUGGGUAAAAUGUGUGAAAACUUUUGCAAUUCAUAAUACGUCGAAAUAUUUGGAAUCUAUAAAAUAAAGAAAGCGUUCAAAAAAAAGUGACUUUUACUUGGAAUUAUCAUUACAUUCCAUAAUACAACUACAAACAUGAGGUUUCUUCACAUUUUGUGUCAAACAGCAUUCCUUCUUAUAUUAGUGGAGCUCUCGAGCGCCCUGCGGGAUGUGCGAGUGCGAGUGCCUCAUGCAGUGAAAAGAGGUGAAAAAGCGAUAUUGAAAUGCUUCUACGACAUCGAAGAUGACAGUUUGUACUCGGUUAAAUGGUACAAGGGAAGGCGAGAAUUCUACAGAUACACACCAAAGGAAACGCCACCAAUGAAAGUCUUUCAUUUUCCGGGCGUGAAAGUACGGCGCCAAGCCUCGAACGAAAGCCAAGUGGUGCUCGAUGCGGUAACAAUGCCAACAUCCGGUAAAUACAGUUGCGAAGUAUCUGCGGAUGCGCCCUCAUUUCAUACAUUAAUAGCAGCUGCCGAAUUGGAGGUUAUUGAGACGCCACACAAUGCACCAUUCAUAACCGGAAUCCGGCCACGAUAUCGGGUAGGCGACAUAUUGCGGGGCAAUUGCACAUCGCGACACUCACGGCCGGCGGCGAAUCUCACAUGGAAUGUGAAUAAUGAAGAGGUAAAUCCUUCGCAUGUGCGACAUCACAAGAUACUACGAGAUACUCGCAAUGAAAUGGAGACUGCGAUUGUGGGCAUACAUUUUGUGGUCACCGAUCAACACUUUGAGAAUGGCAAAUUAAAGUUACGUUGCAAUGCACAGCUGCAUGAUGUGUACUGGAAGACCACGGAAAAGACCAUUUUGGAGGCGGAUCUGUCGGGCAAAUAUGGUGGGGGUGCCAAUGGCAAUCGUGUGAGUGCCGAUGAAGUAUACGACCAGUAUACGCUGCAUGAGGACGAGCAAUUCCAUAGCAAGAAGAACAGUUACCUGACGCAGCUGCAGGACUUUCUCUUUCAUUUUGUACCCUCAGGCGAAGAAGACGAUGGCGUCGAUGGUUUAGAGGAUGGAGGUGCUGCCUGGCGAGGUGUUGGCUCCGGCAGCAGCAGCAUCAGCGUGAGCAGCAUCCAAUCUGUGGCAUUCAGUGGGGCAACAGCAACGGCAACACUGCUAGCUGUACUCAGUUGGUCGCUGGCCAGGCAAUUAGUGUCGCAUCUGGUGGCGAUUACAAAGCCCGGCCAGCUACCGAUGCGGGAUGAAGCCCUACAAAAGGAGCAACAGCAUUGUCAGAGACAAAGCCUGCGGGUGAGCAGCUGCAGCAGCGACAGCGACAGCGGCAGCUUCAGUAACUGCAACUGCAACAGCGAUAGUAGCAAAGGAUGUAGCAGAUGUAUCAGGCAAUUAACAUGAUUCAAUUGUCACGCAACUCUUGUGCCACACUUCAGGGAGGGUAAGGCGGAGCGAGUAGCAGCCGAAGAAAAAUAGGCAACAUGUUGAAGAUGUGAAAGUUCAGCCCUAGGCGACUAGCAACUGCAACAACUGCAAAUGCAACUGCAGCAGCAAUUGCAAACUGCAAAAUGUAUCUAAAAUAUUUACACCAACACUCACACACACACAUACACUAACAAACACAAACACAAGUUUCAGCUAGCUCAAAGUAACUUCGAAUGCAUUUGACAGAUACAAAAACAAUUGCAUAACAACAACUAACCAAGCAAAGAAUGCAGCAAAAUUUCAUUUAUUUUUCUUGUCAAACAUGAAAACAGGCUGCGAAAAUGGGUUCUAAACGAAAACUGCAGUAUAUCGAAAGGUUUCGAUUACCAAUACAACAAAAACCAAAUACAAAAUACAAAAAUCCAGAACAGAACAGAACAAAUUUCGUUGCAUUGCCGAGCCAAAAGAAAACAAAAAAAAAAAACAAAAAGAAAAUAUUCCUGCACGUCAAGCUUAACUAACUACGAA